AUGCCGCUGAUCAAGAAACGCCAGCCACAGGACGGCGCGUCCUUCUUCCACUUUGACCUCGCCUCCCUCCGCCCCAGAUCAUCCCGCACCGCUACGCCCUCGCCCAACCCUUCCCCCGCGCCGACGCCGACCUCCCCCGCGCACUCCUUCUCCCCCUUCUCCAACAGCUUCAAGGGCUCCAAGGGGUCCAAGGGGCACAAGUCGCAGAACGCCAUGGAUGCAUACGACAUUCCCCCCUCCGUUGCGGAGCUAUACAAGGAGCGCGAGGGGGGGAGCAAAAGAGGGACGAUGAAGCUGCCGGUGAUGAUGCCCCCUCCGGGCGGGUCGAGCUAUGAGCGAGAAGGACGGAAGCGGGAUAGUUGGGAGAUGGAAUGGGAGGGCGAUGAGUGGGCGAGGAGGGGGCCAAGGGUGGAGGUGGGAGGAGGGAGCAGUACGCAGCCAUCGACGCCAGAUGUGCCUUCGUUUCAUGAUAACCGACAGCGAACACAGUCUAUGAACGCCCCCCAGCCGCCUGCGCUCCCUGUGCCCCCUGUGCCCCCUGUGCGUCCGCGCCCGCCUCCGCUCCCUCCGGUACCUGCUGUGGGUGCGCACGCCCGGGAGAGAUGGGAGGGCGAGGACGAUGCGCUGGCGAUGCUAGAGCAAUUGCGCGGGAGGGUGGAAGGGGACGGGUGGGGGUACGGGUCGAAAAAUCCGGGAGGUACGGCGAAGAGGUAUACUUAUAACCCCCAGCGCACACCCAUCUCCCCCCUCCCCCCGCCCCCAAACACAGCCCCCCUGCCCCCGCCCAGAGAACAGUCCGUCAGGUCCUGGCGCGAACAGAGAAAAAAGUCACGCCCCGUACCUCCACCUCCACCUCCUUCCGCCGCGCCCUCACAACCCCCGCCCCCUGCCCCCUCACAACCGCCCCCCUCCCUCCCGACAGCCGGCCUGGCCGUCAGCCUCGGCGACAGGGAAAGCAUCUAUUCCCGGCACAGAGCUGAAACGCAAGAGACGAAAGCGAGGAGCGCAGCUAUCGGGCCACAGACGUCAUCCUCCUCCAUUGCGGGUCGCCCACACGCACACGGACCGUACAGCCUCGCAGGCCAGUAUAUACCGCCCGCCCCCGCGCCUCGAGGUCUGCCCCCACAGCCGCCAGGUGGACAAGUGGAUAGGGCUGCUUCUUCUGCACCGCCGAUACCGAGACGGUCGAGCGCACGGCCGAGUUAUCCAUCUUCAAAAGCCGCAUCCCCGGCAUACUUGGGCGAUCAGUCGUACGGUUCUUUCCCCGCGAAUAACAGUUCGAUCAGUCUCCUCGACCCUACCCAGCCUCCCCCCGAAUACCCCCCUUCUUCGUUCAAUACCGCGCCGAGACGGAAUACGCUUUCUACGAAUUCUAGAGGGUUGCAAGAUAUGUUUCGCCCGCGGUCGUCUACUUCUAUUAGCGCCACUCCUGCGGGUGCAGGUGGAGGCGUGAGAGAGUGGGUGAAAGUGGAUAGGAGGAUGGAGAGUGAUGAUGAGCGGGAAGGAAAGAUGGAAGUUAUCAACGUACCCGCAGAGAAUGUACCACGGUCACUUACUGGCAUUCCCUUGCCCGGGCGAGGGACGAGCGCGUCGAUAUCGCCCAAGUCUGGUACCAUGGGUCUACCUUCAGAAUGGUCAGGAUCGACGAGGAUAAAGACUGGUCCCCAAGAUGAACACUCGAUGGGUUUCUCAGCGCUGGACGAGAAUUACCUCAGUCAAAGCCUCGCCAAAGCCCAAUCCUCCACCUCACCUCCCCCUCCCCCUCCGUCGGCCAUGCACACCCGCCAAACCAAACCCCGCGCCAACACCGCCUCAUCCUCCUUCUCCUCCCACUCUGCCUCCUUCUCCCUCUCCCCCUCCGCCUCUGCUGGCCCCCCCACGACCACCCGGCACAUCCCGCGCAAAGCCAGUUCCUCCGCCCGCUCGGUGUCCAGUUCGAAUUCAUCGACGUCGGCCGUCUCUGGUGCUGUUGCUGCGCCGGGCAGUCGGGGCGGGCAGGUGAGCGGGAUGGAUGCUGUUGGGGGAUUACCGGAUUUCAGUGCUUUGGGGAGUGUUAUGAAGGGUCUUAGGGGACGGUUGGGGACGAAGAAGGGCGGGGGUGGGGAGAAGGGUGUGUCUCCGGGGGGGGCGCUGUCGCCGGCGUUGUACUCUCCUCCCAACUCGCAACAAAGCUCCCAAGCGAGCCUUCCCUCGCCCUACCCCCAGGUACACAGCCAGAUCCAAGUGGACAGCCAAGAAGGUGUCGCCCGCCCCUGGGCUGACCGGCUCGCCCCCGCCCCCGCGCCGCUUUCGCCCGUCAAACAACAACUCGAGCACCAACAGCAAAGCGGGGGGCAAGAGGAAGAUGUGUACAUCAUCCCCCCGAGUGAGAGGAGCAAGAUUGGGGAGGAGGGGCGGAGUCGGAGUGGGAGGCGAAAGUCGGGGAGGAUGGAAAAGAUGUUUGGGCGGGGUUCUUCUGCUUCUACCCCUGCGCAGACUCUGGCCGACAGGGAGAAAAAGGGGUCGGAGAGUACGGCUACAAGUUCGGGCACGGGCAAGGGCGCAAAGGAAGAUUAUCGCACGAGCGCUAGCGUCAGCGUAGCAGCUUCCGACUCGACUUCGGAAUGUUCCCUCUUCUUCAUCCCCAAGCCGUCUUCUUCUUCUUCUGAAGCCCAGGGGCAAGGAGGAGCAAAGCUGGAAGGGGUGAAGGAAGAGUAUAGGUCGGAGAAGGAGGCGAAUGCGGCGAAACAUCAGUCGUUGCAUUUGGCGCAGGAACAGAGGGCUAGGAAUAUGUUGGCUAGUUUGGCUGCUUCCCCCAGCACGACCUCCAACCACUCUCCCUCUCCCUUCAACAACGCGACGCCAUACCCACCAUCGGCCUUCUCCCCAGUUAGCGCGAACGGCCAUACAGAUUCUUUGGGGCUGAACGGGCUGAACGGGCUGGUGAGGCCGACGACGACUCGGGAGUGGGAAGAAGACGCCCGGGAGCAGGAGGAGAAGGAGAGGGAGAGGGAGAGGAAGGGGUUGAUGCCGCCACCGAGGCCGAGGACGAGGGGGCAGGGGUCGAUCUCGGAAGAGGGGGCGCCUGCGUUUGGAGCUGCGUCUGUGCCGCAGAGUAGUGCACAAGGGUUCUUACGCUCCCCGCCCAUCACGCCUCUACCCUCUCAAUCUUCUCACCCCCAAGCCCACCCCGCUCUGCCGCUCACACCAGCUACAACCCCAACAACCACCAUCUCAUUAUCAGCUGCAGCUGCGCCCGACAAGCGCAAGAAGGAAGGCGGCGAGGAGAAGCGGCUGAGACGGAAGCCGUCUGGGGUUGGUCGUGCGGUGGGGUUGGAAGUCGAGUUGGGGGGUGGGGCGGGUGAAGGUGGGAAGGGGAGUGUGAGGAGGAAGGGGAGUGCGAGUGCGGGUGCGGGUGCGAGUGGGCCUUACCCGACGCCGACGACGCCGAACCCGCUGGCUGCUUUCAGAAGCGCCAUUUCCCCGUCUCCCUCGCCGUCUGUCCCUACCACCAUCCCCAAGGCCGCCCCGGCCCCAGCACCAGCACCAGCGCCAGCGCCAGCUCCAACAACCAAACCUCUCCCCGCGGACCCAACUCCCCCCCGCGCGAGUUCACCCUCCAUCAUCUCCACCUCCACCACCUCCACCCCCACCUCCGGCUCGGGCUCUUCCGCCGACUUUAUCAAGGAGCGAGAAGAGAAGGAGAGGCAGAGACGGGCGUUGAUGGAUAUGUGGUUGGAUGCGAAACCUAUUAGGGGGCAGAAAGGGUCGGGGUCGGGGACCGCGCCGUCGGCUUUUGGGUCUGGGGCUGGGAGAGGGAGUGGAGCUGGGGGGAGGAAGGUGUCGGGCGGGGCGAGGCCGGGGACGAGUACGGGCCAGACGAGUGGGGAGAAGCAGCCGCUGGGAUGUUUGAGACGGGCGAGUUUGGACGGGAGGCGGUUAUCGGGCGUUUGA